AUGACCUGCGCAAAUGCACUCACCAUGACGGCUGCUGACCUCAACUAUUUUCGAUUUUUCCCUUCAUCUUCGGUCGUUUUCUACUAUAUGAAGCCGUGGGAGUGGAGUAGUCUCGGAUUCCUUUACAAGGGCCCUGCAGCAACCAACAAGAUUAUAAUGCGCAUGAUGCUUGCCAUCGCUGCCAAUGAUAUGUACCGCCAGGGAUACUUCUCAACCUCGGCAGAGAAAGACGCAGCCAGACGUCGCGGUCAGUAUCAUUACGAACUAGCAGUAAAAGAAUUCCGGCAAUAUCUCGAAGAACACGGAACCGCAACCAAUAAUGAAGUGCAAAAGGUAGAAAGGGUUUUGGAGUCCACAUCCGAGACGAUACUAUGCAUUAUGUUUCUGAUGAUUACCUAUGAGUGGUAUUUUGGUCACUCGAUAAAGCAUUUUCAACUUCAUCUGGAAGGGGUCCGAUGUCUACUUAAAGCUCAUCCGGAAAUCUUCAUUACGAGAGAUGUGACGGAUAUGAUAUUGACGAGUGGUAUAAAAUUGAAUAAGGGGUUGUCUUUUAUUCCCUCACAGCUUCUUCUUUGGAUCCUUUAUAUGGAGAUUUCCGGCCACUCAAGAGGACUUAUGGGGUCGCUAUAUGACACAUUGCUUGAAUCUGAACAUUCGGCGUUACAUCCAGACUAUUUACACCAGUGUGCACGCAUUUGGGGCCGAUGUCUCUGGGCCGAGGAAUACCCAGACGCUCAAAUACUAGACGAUAUGGAAAACCAUAGGGCGCUAGAACUCCUUCAUCACUCUGUUAUUAUUUGGAAUAAAAUAUGGCAGCUAGCGUCAGGAAAUAAUAGAGAUCUUUCGAUGACUCCAGAGACGCUAUAUUCCGAGAUAAUGAAAUUUCGUGGGCUUUACAGUGACAUGUUCAUCACUGCCAAAUACGCAACUUCCCUCUCGGCUCGUCGUGCUUUAUAUACCAUCUAUUUUGCAGUCUGCUCUUUCGAAACCCAAAUCCUCUACCACCGACGAAUCUUUUUUCCAACAAGCCGCACAUUGAAUGACAUACAUCGCCAGGCAAUUGCGAAUAUCCUCGAAAUGCUGUACAAGCAGUAUUCGGUUGAUCCCAAGCUCAUACAGCGCAUGCCGUGGUCGAUUUUUAUGGUUAUGAUUGAGACCGAAGAUCCGAUACAUCGUGAUUGGGCUGUGGAAAGGUUGCGUGAGCUCAGACAUUUACAUGAAGGACAUGGUUAUAUUAAUUUGCUUGUUGAUGAGGUUCUUGAAGGGCAAAGGAUGUAUCCUGGAAAAAUGGUUGAUUUGUUUGAGAUUUUACAGAGGCAGUAUAAGAGAGCUGAUAGCAUGGCUGGAGGGUUUCCCUCCAAUUUGAGCUCUACCUGAUAUGUAUCCUUGGCUCUCACAGGAUUUCAUACAAUAAUAGAGUGGAGAGCCAUAGUAUCACUUUGGCUUGGAAAAGCAUGCGAGCCACUUCAGGCCCCUACGACUUUCUUAAGUGAUGUCAAGAUAGAGGCCAGAUGUCUCAUACUUGGGAUCUUCUCCCCGGGAAUGACAAAGAUAGUACUACU